CCUCGCCCCUCGCCCGGCCUUCCGAGCCGGCCCCGCCGCCAUGAGGAGCCGCAGCAACUCGGGCGUCCGCCUGGACGGCUACGGCCGCCUGCUCCAGCGCACCAUCCUCGCCUUCCAGAACCCGGUGACGGGACUGCUCUCCGCCAGCCACGAACAGAAGGAUGCCUGGGUGCGAGACAACGUCUACAGCAUUCUGGCCGUGUGGGGCCUGGGAAUGGCCUACCGCAAGAACGCGGACCGAGACGAGGACAAGGCCAAGGCCUAUGAGCUGGAACAGAACGUCGUGAAACUGAUGCGGGGCCUUCUCCAGUGCAUGAUGAGACAGGUGAAUAAAGUUGAAAAGUUUAAGCACAGCCAGAGCACCAAGGACAGCCUCCAUGCCAAAUACAACACGUCCACCUGCGACACGGUGGUCGGGGACGAUCAGUGGGGGCACCUGCAGGUCGACGCCACUUCGCUCUUCCUUCUGUUCCUGGCACAGAUGACAGCCUCGGGACUGCGAAUUAUUUUUACCCUGGACGAGGUGGCCUUCAUACAAAAUCUCGUUUUCUACAUAGAAGCUGCAUACAAAGUCGCGGAUUACGGCAUGUGGGAACGCGGAGAUAAGACGAACCAGGGCAUACCGGAAUUGAAUGCAAGUUCUGUAGGAAUGGCCAAAGCAGCCCUUGAAGCUAUCGAUGAACUGGAUCUUUUCGGAGCCCACGGCGGACGCAGGUCGGUGAUCCACGUUCUUCCCGAUGAAGUGGAACAUUGCCAGGUAACAAGCACAUCCUGGGCCGUGGAAUACGGCAGCUCGGAUGGUAAGACGUUUCCGGCAGGGUGGGGGGAAAUCUGUCUCGCCCUCAGCCUGCAGAAGCGCGGAUGGCACAUUCCCCACCAUUACCUUUCCUGCUUCCUUUUCAUGACAACCAUUUUUCAUUCGCGUUUUGUUCAGUCGAUCCUAUUCUCGAUGCUCCCGAGGGCCUCCACCUCCAAGGAGAUCGAUGCCGGACUCCUCUCCAUCAUCUCUUAUCCGGGAUUCGCGGUGGAAGACAUGAACCUCGUGAACGAGACCAAAAAUGAAAUCAUCACCAAGCUUCAGGGUCGUUACGGAUGUUGCCGGUUCCUCCGGGAUGGUUACAAGACUCCAAGGGAGGACCCAAGGCGCCUCCAUUACGAUCCCGCCGAGCUCAAGCUGUUCGAAAACAUCGAAUGCGAAUGGCCUGUGUUCUGGACCUAUUUCAUCAUAGACGGGGUCUUCAACGGAGACGCGGUGCAGGUCCAAGAAUACCGCGAGGCCCUGGAGGCGAUCCUGAUCCGAGGCCAGAACGGGAUCCGAUUGAUGCCGGAGCUGUACGCCGUGCCCCCUGGCAAGGUAGAUGAGGAGUACAAGAACCCUCACACAGUGGAUCGGGUUCCUCUUGGGAAGACCCCCCACCUCUGGGGGCAGUCCUUGUACAUCCUCAGUUGCCUCUUGGCCGAGGGUUUCUUAGCCACUGGAGAAAUCGAUCCCUUGAAUAGAAGGUUUUCGACUUCUGUCAAACCGGAUGUUGUUGUACAAGUGACCGUUUUGGCAGAAUCAAACGAAAUCAAGGAGCUGCUCAGAAAACACGGCUUCGAUGUUGAGAGCGUUGCAGACGUCCAUCCCAUCCGAGUGCAACCAGCCCGAAUUCUCAGCACCAUCUAUGCCAAGCUGGGGCAGAACAAGAAUCUGAAACUGAGUGGACGGCCAUACCGACACAUUGGGGUGCUGGGAACAUCCAAAUUGUAUGUGAUUAGGAAUCAAAUAUUUACUUUUACUCCUCAGUUCACAGACCAGCAUCACUUCUACCUGGCCCUGGACAACCAGAUGAUCGUGGAGAUGCUCAGGAUCGAGCUGGCUUAUCUCUGCUCCUGCUGGAGGAUGCGGGGAAGACCCACGCUCACGUUCCCCGUCACUCACACCAUGCUCACCAACGAUGGCGCGGACAUCGAUUCGGCCGUGCUCGCCACUGUCCGAAAAUUGGAGGAUGGAUAUUUCGGAGGAGCGAGGGUGAAGUUAGGGAAACUGUCCGAAUUUCUCACCACCUCGUUCUAUACGCACCUGACGUUCCUCGACUCGGACUGUGAUGAGAAACUGUUCGACGACCCCGUGGAAUGCAGCUCUAGCACCGAGAGCGAAUACGAACUGGAAGGUUAUAUGGAAGACUGCUACAAUCCAGAAAGCCAAGACGAACUUGACCAGUACAUCAACCACAUGCUGCAGAGCACAGCUCUGAAGUGCCACCUUCCUCCCCUUUCCAAGUCAGGGGAAGACCACCACCUUUUCAGUGCUGUCCACUCCACCCGGGACAUCCUGUCCAUGAUGGCCAAGGCCAAGGGUUUGGAAGGCCCAAGCGUGUCCGUGUCUCUGCCCACGACAGUCUUAAGCGCUCACCGGAAAUCACUGAACCUCGUUGACUCUUCACAGUCGCUAGCGGCAAAGGCGCCUGAAGCUGCCCUCUCCCUGCCCAAAGAUGCCCACGGAGAGGUGGAUUGCGAGAAGCUAGUCGAACAGCUGAAGGAUUGCCCCACCCUCCAGGACCAGGCAGACAUACUGUACAUCCUCUGUGUAAUGAAGGGCCCCCACUGGGAUACGAAUCUGUCGGGACAGGCGGGAGUGACCGUUCACAGCCUUCUCGGCGAACUCUACUGCAAAGCGGGCUUGAACAAGGAGUGGGGCCUGAUCCGCUACAUCUCCGGCAUGCUCAGGAAGAAAGUGGAAGUCCUAGCAGAGGCCUGCACCGACCUCCUGUCGCACCAGAAGCAGCUCACGGUGGGUCUGCCGCCUGAGCCUCGGGAGAAGAUCAUCAGCGCCCCUCUUCCCCCUGAAGAGCUGACCAAACUCAUCUACGAAGCCAGCGGGCAGGACAUCAGCAUCGCAGUUCUCACGCAGGAAAUCGUGGUGUACCUGGCGAUGUACGUGCGGUCCCAGCCCGGCCUCUUCGUCGAGAUGCUCCGACUCCGCAUCGGGCUGAUCAUUCAGGUGAUGGCCACGGAGCUCGCCCGGAGUCUGAACUGCUCAGGAGAAGAAGCCUCUGAAAGCUUGAUGAACCUUAGCCCUUUCGACAUGAAGAAUCUCCUGCACCACAUUCUAAGUGGAAAAGAAUUUGGUGUGGAAAGGAGCGUGCGACCUCUUCACUCCUCUACAUCCAGCCCUGCUAUUUCGAUCCAUGAAGUGGGACACACCGGAGCGACCAAAACGGAAAGGAGCGGUAUCAAUCGGCUGCGGAGUGAGAUGAAACAGUUCUUUUAUGUGAGCCAGUCCAUGUCCAGCAACAUGCAUCCUUCCAAGUCCACGAGGUGCAGCACCCCGUCGUCCCCCACCGGCACGGUGUCCUCCACGGACUCGAGCGGACAUCACCUCGGCUGGGGCGACCGGCAGGGCCAGUGGCUGCGCCGGAGGCGGCUGGACGGGGCCAUCAACCGCGUCCCCGUGGGCUUCUACCAGAAAGUCUGGAGCAUCCUGCAGAAGUGUCACGGACUCUCCAUUGAUGGUUUUGUGCUCUCGUCUUCAACCACGAGAGAGAUGACGCCUUGCGAGAUCAAGUUUGCCGUCCACGUGGAGUCGGUGUUGAACCGCGUACCCCAACCCGAAUACAGGCAGCUGCUGGUCGAGGCCAUCCUCGUCCUGACCCUCCUCCUGGACCUAGAGGCGAGCAGCAUAGGGGGCAUUAUCCACGUGGACCAGAUCGUGCAGAUGGCCAACGACCUCUUCCGCCAGGAGCAGGCGUCGCUCGGGGCCGCGGACUGUCUGGACCGAGACCAGGCGACGGGGAUCUGCCACCUCUUCUACGACAGCGCGCCCAGCGGUGCCUACGGGACGAUGACCUACCUGACCAAGGCCGUGGCCACCUACUCGCAGGAAUUCCUGCCCCACUCGGGAUGCCCGGUGCAGUGACGACCGCCGACUCCCGGAGACGCCGCGCCGGGCGGGUCCGUCCUCUCCGGGCCCUGCCCGGACGGGGCCCGCGGCUCGUCCUCUCCGGAUCCUCCGGGCCCGGAGGAAGGGAGCCGUCGGACCUUUCGCCGGCGUGGGUACGGGGCGGGGACGUCGCGCGUCCCCGUUUCCGACGGGUAGACCCAAGCGCGCGUCCGCGGAACUGCAGGCUCUUUUGGAGAAGUCUCGGACUCCGGAGGCGGGGGUGAACUCCGGCGGCAGCCUGUCGUUUGUGUUCUGUUUGGAUUUUUAAUACCAGCUGAAGGUGAGAAAGACUCCUGUCGGAGCGAUAAGCAGGCAGGCGCCUGACAGGCCCGGCCUUUCAGGGACCGCACGCGGCCCGUGAUCUUCCCUGGGCCCGAGAGCCGUAUGUAACGGGGUUGCCUUUCCGUUCCUCCUGGGCCUUCCGGGAGCUCACUCAGAGCGGCACCCUUGGAAGGUUCUGAAUUAGCAGAUUGGGCGAGGCCUAACGGUGCGACCUCCCAAGAUUUCGUCCGGGUGACAGUCAAGUGAGGAGCGAUGACCGGCCUGACUCUAGACGCCCCUUCUGAGAGCUGGUCGCCCCUCUCGAAGGGUUGACCGGCGGCGAAUGACCGGCAGGGACCGAGGAAGCCUCCCUUCCUUUCUCAGAACGGUGGGCAGCCGGGAGCCAGCGGCAGGGAGCAGGUUGCCCGGCUGUGGCUCUUCGCAACUGGCCUCCUGGCUACUAGACACCCAGGCUAAUACCCUAGCGGCGGGGACUCUGUCGGCCAGAGCACCCGUCGUGUGCAGAGCAUCGGAUUAAGCGCCUGGGGAGAGCCCGGGGGAUUUAGGAGACGAGAUGUUUACAUUUUCAAUCUGGAACACGUUUGAGCGGCAACGGGGGAGGAGCGGGAGUGUGUCCGCCUUCCUUUCCGGCGGCUCACGGGGCGGCGGGCGAGUCGUCGGAUGUAGAGGAAGAUCGGCGGCACGUUCCCCGCGCGACAGGGCGCGUCGCUCUGGGGACAGUGCCCGGCACGGCUCUUCCGCAGGUACGCUUUCGCUGUCGUGUUGCUGGCUAGGGUCGAGAGGCAGACAGGCUAGGGCUUCGCAGAUCUGUAUCCGGCGACUCGAGGAUUCGGCUCUUUGGGACGUCUGUGGUCUAAUAAAGUAUUCGACCUCGAUU